AUGCAUAUCCGCAAGCUGGUCGCUGCCCUGCUUCUGGCGUCAUCCUCCUGGCUCGUGGCAGCAAAAACGAUCGGCUGGGAAUGGAGUCGGGAUUUUAACCCUAUGGUAAAGUACAAUGCUUCCAAGCUCGACAAGGGUGAGCUGGAAUGCCUGCGUUCAAGCCAGACAUCUCUGGGAACUCGCUUCAAGUUCAAGUUCAAGGGGUAUUGCGAAGAUGCCGAAGGGCAAUGCUUUUGGGCUCGCAUGAUCUAUCAUGCCAGAAUUGUCGACAACUGGCAAUGCUGGAAGCGCGAUGAUGGCUGGUGGCAGGCCGAUUUCACCCUCUUGGGCUUCUAG